GAGUUCAGCACCGAAGGAAAUAAAGGGAAGGUUCACUAAAUCUGAAGAAAUCUCACCCAGAGAAAAAGGCAUCGUGUGGACUGGCGCUUGGUCUAACAUCUCCCUCAAUCUUAAGUCGUCGAGGGAAGGAGAGAGUUGGGAGACUUGGUGAGGCUGUCGGGAAAGAAGACAGAUGAGAGAAAAAAAUCACGUGGAAGAUACGGCGUAAAAACAGGGACCAAAGAAAGAUGACGUGAAUGAAAUGGAUCCUAAAUUGAAUUUAUAGCCUUCAGAACGUGAAAGAAGGCAGUGGCCCGAAUCUUGUGACGGACGUUACACUCGACACCUCUUCGAGCGGUGUAUUUUCCUGCUAUUAUUUUUGCUAUACACUGUUCAACAUUCAAUGAGAAUUCCAUUCCUUUCAUGGGUUUUCUUCAUGCCCAUAUGCUUACUUUCUAUCAGCUUCUAUGUUCCUAUGGUUUGCGGAAAAUGUCCUACCAAUCAGAAAGCCUUGUUGCUCCAAUUGAAGAAUAGCCUCAUUUUUGACAGUGCUUCAUCUACAAAACUGGUGCACUGGAACAAAAGCAUUGAUUGUUGCUCAUGGGAAGGCGUGACCUGCAACAAGGGAUGUGUUAUUGGUCUCGACCUGAGCAAUGACUCUAUCUCAUGUUCACUUGACAAUUCAAGCAGCCUGUUCAAGCUUCGAUAUCUUCAAAAUUUGAAUUUAGCAAGCAAUGACUUCAACAGUUCUGAGAUUCCUUCAGAAUUUAAUAAGUUGUCGAAUUUGGUUUAUUUAAACCUUUCACAUGCUGGCUUUCAAGGACAAAUUCCAAGUACAAUUUCGCAUUUAAAAAGGUUGGUUAGUCUUGAUUUAAGGAAUUGGUAUAGCUUGAAGCUUGAGAAUCCAAAUUUAAAUAUGCUUGUUCAAAACCUAUCGAAGCUUGCGGAACUUUAUCUCAGUGGUGUGGAUAUAUCAAUGAAAGGGUAUGAGUGGGGCCCAGCAUUAUCAUUUUCACUACCAAAUCUAAGGGUGUUGAGCUUGUCACGUUGUAAUCUAUCAGGGCCUUUUGAUUCCUCCUUGGUGAAUCUGAAAUCCCUCUCAAUUAUUCGUAUGAGUAAUAACAACUUAUCCUCUCCGAUUCCUGAUUUUUUUGCAGACUUCAGAAACUUGACAACCUUGAUUUUCAGUAGCUCUUCAUUGAACGGAAAAUUUCCAGAAAGGAUCUUUCAAAUUCCAACAUUGCAAAUGGUUGACUUGUCAAAUAAUUUUGAACUUGAAGGUUUCUUCCCAGAUUUUCCUUCGAAUGGAUCUCUUCAAACCCUAGUCCUUAGCAGUACAAAGCUUUCAAGGUCAUUGCCAUAUUCUAUUGGGAAUCUCAAAUUAUUGUCUGAAGUCGAUCUUUAUUCUUGCAAUUUCAGUGGAGAGAUUCCGAAGUCAAUGGAAAAUCUCACCCAAUUGCUUCAUUUGGACUUGUCAGGGAAUAGAUUCAAUGGAUCAAUUCCAUCAUUGAGCAUGAGCAAGAAUCUGAAAACAAUAGACCUUAGCAGCAAUGAUUUAACAGGUCAGAUUGCUUCCACUCGAUGGGUAGAUCUUUUGAAUUUGGAGACUCUUGAUUUGAGUUCCAAUUCAUUAGAAGGGAGUAUUCCAGUUUCUCUCUUUUCCCUUCCAUCAUUGCAAGAAUUACACCUUCAAAACAAUCGAUUUUCUGGCCAACUUGAUGAAUUUUCAACUGCUCCUUCUUACCUAUUGAGUCAUCUUGAUUUAAGUCAACAAUUUGGAAGGGCAAAUUCCCAUGUUUGUGUUCAAACUACCUUCUCUUUAUUGGCUCGAUCUUUCUUCGAAUAACUUCAACGGCUCUUGGCAGUUUAGUGCGGUUCAGAAAUUGAAGGAUCUUACCUUUCUUGAUCUUUCAUACAAUGAUCUCUCGAUAGAAUAUAGUGGAAUUAAUUGUUCAUUGUCCUCUUUUCCCCAAUUUUCAAAUUUGCUAUUGGCUUCUAACAGGUUGAAAAGAAUUCCAGAUUUCUUGCGAAACCAAUCUGCGUUAAACGAUCUUGACCUUUCAAACACCCAGAUUCAUGGACAAAUACCACGCUGGAUUUGGGAAUUUACAAAUCUGGCCUUCUUAAAUCUCUCCAAUAACUACAUGGUGACUCUAGAAAGACCUUUUCUCAAUGUUUCUUUCAGGGGGGUGGUGGAUCUAAGCUCCAACAAACUCCAAGGGCAACUCCCGAGUCUUCCAUGUUCUGCUGAAUACUUGGAUUUAUCCAGGAAUAAUUUCCACUCAAGCAUACCAACUAGCAUCAUUACCUCCAUGGUUCAUAUUGGUUUCCUUUCUCUUUCGAGUAAUAGACUUUAUGGGAGUAUUCCCGAAUCAAUAUGCAAUGCUACAGGUACUCUUCGUGUUCUGGAUUUAUCUAACAAUUUCUUGAGUGGCAUGGUCCCCCAUUGCUUAUUUGAGAUGAGUGAGACUGGAGAACCGGAGUUAUUUGGUAAUCAAAGUCUAGGGGUGUUGAAUCUACGGAAAAACAACCUAUCUGGCAAAAUUCCUGAUACGUUUCAAGGCAAUUGUGGUUUGCGAACUUUAGAUCUUGGUGAAAACCACUUAGAAGGAAAGUUUCCAAAGUCUUUGGCCAAGUGCAGAGAAUUGGAGUUCCUGGACAUCGGGAAUAAUAACAUUGAGGAUGAUUUCCCAUGUUACUUGAGGAAUAUAUCCAAGUUGCGUGUCCUUGUUUUCAAAGCUAACAAGUUUCAUGGACCCAUUGAUUGUCUAGAGUCUAAUGCCACUUGGCCAAUGCUUCAAAUUAUAAACUUAGCAUCAAACAAUUUCAGUGGUAAGCUGACAGAAAAGUUCAUUGGCAUCUUGAAGGCGCUUAUGGCUGAUAAAGAGGAGGCAAAACUUGAGCUCAUUCAUAGAAAUUUUCAGCUUGCCGAGUGGUAUGAUUUGAAUUAUCAAGAUAAGUUGACAAUUAUUGCCAAAGGUUUAUCUCUAAAUCUGACGAAGAUCCUAACCAUUUUCACCGUCUUAGACCUUUCAUGCAACAACUUUGAUGGGCCUCUACCAAAAGAAAUUGAAAAAUUCAAAUCACUAUAUAUCCUCAACUUGUCUCAUAAUGGUUUCACAGGCAAUAUUCCACAAUCUUUGGGAAAAUUAAGUAAUCUUGAGUCAUUAGACUUGUCAAGCAAUAAGCUUACUGGUGUGAUUCCUGUGCAACUCGCAGAUGGUCUUAUUUUUCUAUCAUUCCUCAAUCUUUCGUUCAAUCAAUUGUCAGGAAAAAUUCCACAAAUUAAGCAAUUUGCUACAUUCCAAAUAUCUUCCUACAUGGGGAACAUAGGAUUAUGUGGCUUUCCUUUGGAAGAACAAUGCAUAGGUGAAGGGCCGCGAUUGUCAACUCCAACAUCUAAAGAAUCUGACUCAAAUUCUGGGAUUGGAAUUGAUUGGAACUUCUUAAGUGUUGAAUUUGGAUUUGUUUUUGGUCUUGGAAUUGCUAUUGGGCCUCUUAUGUUUUGGAAAAGGUGGAGGAUGUGCUACUACAAACAUGCUGAUGAAAUAUUUUUUAAGAUCUUCCCUCGGCUGUAUAUUACAAUAGAAAACCGUCAAAGACAAGCACGCAUGAACCAUAGACGAAGAGCUCACAGAAAUCAAGGACGGAGGCAUGAGUGAUAUAUCGCUUGAUCUAUAUGAGCCAUGAGGAGUAAUGUUGUCAGGUGAUUUAUGGAAGGUGAACGGGAUUUGGAAGCAUGACUAACUAAUGUUGUCACUAUUGUAUCUUAGCACUCGAUCUUUUACAGUAUGAUUGGCAAUAAAUGGAUAUACUUUUAAGUUUUAUUAGACUUCCAAGCAUAAAACUAUAGACUCAAAACAGUACAAAGGUUUAUGCAAGAGAUGUAAUAGUUUAUUUGGAGUGCUAUGAAUAAAUAUUUCUUCAUCAUUUAGAUCA